CACCCGGUACGAGUUAAAUAACAUGGCUGUGGAACUGUUUCGGUGGAGGCCGUAUGCAGAUUUAGAUGAUGAGCAUCAGCCCGAUCACACAUUGUACUUGUAGUGGACUGCUCCUACCCCUUUGAUGUACAUGCCUAUGUCGAGUGGUGUUAUACUGACAGGGUGACGAGGCAGUUUGGGUUCGUUCAGGACAUACCCACAUCCUCCCCACGCAGGAAUCAUCAGUUACUAUACGACAUCGUCAACGAGUCCAUUAACUGGGAAGGCGCCAGGGAGACAUACAUUCAUCUGUGGGAUACGUCCCUUCACCGAGCUCUGACAUCUCCUCCACUCAUGCUUGGCGAAGGUUGCAAUCCUGCAUACAUGCUUUGGUACCUCGGGGUUACACGUAGAUACAUGGUUAACCCAAUAUUUUGGACCACGUCGGCUGCUUUUUAGGGGACACAGGGUGCCACACAGGCAUUGGAGGAGCAUCUUGUAGAUAUGGAGCAUGCCAUUAACUCUGCUGCCCCCAAUCUGAUUCAGGAACAGAGUAUUCUACAAGGGUUGUUUUCUCGUGUCAGGGGUGCACAAGCCCCUCCCAGACGUAGAGGUCCGCUACCUAUCACACCUGUUGAGCCGGAGCCGGGCACUUACUACACUCAUGUGGCCAGUAGUAGCUCAGAUAUGAGAGGCUGGUCACACCUAGUUGGCACCUCCCGUUCGCCAGUUAGGGAUGUACCAGGUACUUCAGGGGCGGGGGGAUGGCCCCGCUGGGUGGAGUCAUCUACAUAUGCAGCUGAUAUUGCUAAGGGUUGUGCAGAGGAUGACUACGAAGGUGGUGAAAGUGGUUUUGCGGUCAAUUUAGAGGAUGACGAGUACACCUCUGCCGAGGGUGGGCACACACCUGUUGCUCCACUACAGGAGUCAUACCAGUUCUUAGAUCGAGAUGCUUAUCGUCUUGACAUGUCAUUCCUGGCAGAUCAGUACACCACACCUCCGCCACAGGCCCCGGUGCUGUCAUUUGGUAGCCCGUCUUACGUGUUUGGGGCACCUGCGUUUCCACUAACACCGGCACCGGUGAGGUCCACUCCUACUCCUAUACCUAUGCAUAAUUUUGGUUCGUACGUUGCUGAGAGUAGUCCGUGGCCAGUAUGAGAUAAGUCAGAACCCGAGGGGCCGUCCCAACCUGAGCAGAGACAGCAGCCACCCAGAGAUCAAAGGGGAAGGGCAGGAGAUGUCACACGGGCAGCCAUAUCUUCGGGCAUAAGAAGAAGUAGUUUAUCUAUUUUCAGUUUCUAGUUCCAUAGUUUGCUUAUGGAUGAACAUUUCCUACUUAUUUCAUGUAGUCCCUUAAUAUGUGCUUGUCUCAUUAUGUUUUCAUUUUGUAGUUUCAUAAUAUGUAAUUUAU